AUGCAAACGGCGGCCAUCAUUCAUGACUGCGUGGUCAGGCUGCUGAACCACCGAGACAAAGAGUCUGUAGAGUGUCUGUGUGACCUGCUCACCACCAUGGGCAAGGUCCUUGACUUAGAGGAGGCCAAGCCUCAGAUGGAUGAGUAUUUUAUCCAGAUUGAAAAGAUCGUCGAAGAGGGGAAAACUUCAUCUCAAAUACGAUUAAUGUUGCAGGCUAUUAUAGACCUGAGAUUGCACAACUGGGUGUCCGGAGGACCCGAGCAGGGUCUGAACACCAUUGACGAGCAGGAGGAGCCAAGAGAAGUGCAACAACAACUGCUCUCCAAUGACACCGGGAGACAGCCAGAUCCAAGUGAGCAGAGAGAUCAGCUUGUGAAGAACGAGGAGCCCUGGACCACUGUGCCUAAUAGGACCAAAAGAAGGACCAGAGACUCCAAGAAUAUCCCAAAGGUCUCCAAGAACAACUGGGUGUCCAGAGGACCCAGGCAGGGUCCGCUAACCAUUGUCCACAAGGAGGCAAAGAAUAAAGAGAAGGAGGAGCAGAGAAAAGUGGACGAGAAGAUCCAGCAGGGCCCCUGGGCUCAAGUCCCAUUGCCUGAUCCGUUGACCUGGGGAACCAGUUCGAAGGAGCUGCUGGAGAGUCCAGCCCCGGAGGAGCUGGAGCAUGAGGGAGCCAUGCCACGCAGACCGAGUGUCUACGAGUGGUAUUGGUGA